AAAAAUCACAUAAGUGCAGGUUGCACCGUGAUGUGGCCAAGGCUGACGUUCUCAUCUCUGGCAAGCUUCGUUAAUUUGGGCACGGAACUCUCACAGUCUCGCUCUAUUCAAAGGCUCCAUUAGCACCGUUCCCAAAGCUCCAACUAUCAAGUCUGAUCUUCUUCUCUCAUCGAUUCAUGGAUUCUCAAUGGUGGUGUCGUGAGUGGUGGGUCAGCUUGUGAAUUGUGAAGAAUUCUUAGAGACAGGUGAAUUUUAUGCAUAGAUAUGAAUGGUGUGUUUAUUGAUGAAAGGUUGAAUUGCCAUGCUCAUUUAACUCCAACUCAGUGGUUGCCUGAUUCUUGUGAGGAGAUAUCUUUGCUAGGGUUGUAUUUGGGUGGAGUUUAUUUGAAACCCUAGGUAGGAUGGGGGAGCAAGGGAGUGUUAAUAAGGUUAGUGCCAAGCGAAGGACAAAGGCUUUGGAGAUGGAUUUUGAUUCGGGAGACGAUGAGCCGAUUGGGUAUAUGUUUAAGUUAAAAGGAAAGAAAUACAAGACCAAAGUGGAAUUGGAUGGUGGUAGAGAUAAAGUUACAGGGGUGGAGGAUGUGAUGCAGAAACAGGCAGUCAAGAACGAGGAUUUGGUGGGCAUGGAUGAUACAUUGGCUAGUUUUUGGAAGAAGCUGAAGGGUCCUAGGAAGGAUGGUGGAUUGGUGCCAUGUGGAGGAGGAAAAUCUGGCAGUGGAACGAAGUUACCAGUUCAAUCUCUGAAUGCCUUUCAGAAGGAUGAAGAUUUGGCUGCAGAGUUGCCAUCAAAAACUGUUGAGAGAGAGCAGAAGGAUGCUGAUGCUCUAUGUGAUGAAACAGUUAAUAAAGGGUUUGAAAAAGGAUGUAAAAGGAAAAGCAAGAGGUCUCGUGUUUCUUUUAUUCCAGAGAGAGUUGAUUCUGACGAUUUUUUGGAAGUUCAGAGAUCUAUGAAUAAAGAUGUUGGAAACGCUUCCAGUGCAGAUGGUAUUUUAGAAGAUUCAUUGUCUGCCUUUUUGCGAAAGUCUGAUUUGUCAAAAAAAUCUCGCAGUUCUUCAUGUUUGAAACUAGGGAAGGUAACUGAAACUUCUGGUGACGGAUCUAACUUAAGCUCUAGUAGCAUCUCACAGGAUAUCUUGUCCAUAUCCAGAAGGACAUCAGAAAAAUUGGUGGAGGAAGUACCUGGAUGUGGUGGUGAUGCUUCGGUAGAUCCAUGUUCAAAGCAUGAUUGUCCUUCUCCCCAUGUUGCAACAUUUCAGUGUGAUACUUUAGAUGAUGUGUCUUCUAAAGCAAUUUUAAAACAUCCAGUUCUUGCUACGAUACCCAAAGCAUCUGAACUUGGUUUGCAGGCAUGUACGAAUAAUGUUUCAAGUGUCCAAUGUGAUGAAGUUGAUUAUUCGACUACUGGUCAUCAGGGUGGCAUCACACUAGAGACUCAUAAUUUGACAGAGCAUUGUUCUGUUUCUUGUCAAGAGUCUGCUUCUGAGGAUAGUUUGAAGGACCUUCCUACCAGCAAAGUAGGCCAAUCUGUGGCUUCUGAAAACAAAGAGACACUUGAGGUUUGUGAUUAUGCAUCACAAGGGAAUUCUGAUGUUAAUUCUGACAACCUGCCAAAUGUCCAUACAUUAAAUACAGAUGACAAUGUCCACUCUCCUGUUCUGAAAAUUGAUUUACAGUCUUGUUCUAAUAAUGAAUCAUUGAAUGGACAAGCUGAAAAUACAUUGCAGGGGAGCAGUAGAAUUGUCAUGGGUGAAACUUUAUUGCCUUCUAAAAGAAUUUUAGCAGGCUCAUCAGCAAUUAAAGGGAAUAUGGAUAUGGCUCUACAAACUGAUGUGAGGUUUGAAUCUGAGAAUAGUCAAAAGGAUAUUGGAAAAGAUCAAGUUCAUUCAUUGAAAUCUAUUGACUCCUUAUAUGAACAAGUUACUGCCGGUGGUUGUCGUGAUUCAAUCCAAAUUCCUACUGAUUAUGUGGAUGAGCCACUUCAAGCCUCACUUUCUUCAGGCAAAAAAGAUGCUUCAGCAUCUGGUGAAGUGCACCAUGGGGAUGGUAAUGAUUCUUAUUCUAAAGAAGUAGCUCGCAACAAUUAUGUUGCUGCAGCAGAGAAUUGUAAUUCCAUUAGCCAUCACCUCCAAUUGUUUGAUGAGAUGGACAGAGGGGCAUUUUCUCAAAGUUGUGAUUAUCUCUCUGGAGAUGAAGCGUAUAAUGGAUCCUCUUCACCUUCAAAUGUACCAGGGCCUGAUGAGGUUGAGACAGGGUCUAUGCCUGAUGAAAGUAAGGACGAUAGAAUGUUAGGUCGUCAACGUGCUGCAAGAAACUCAAAAAAACGCAGGCAUGGGGACAUGGCCUAUGAGGGGGAUUUUGACUGGGAGGUUCUGGUUCAAGGGCAGGAUUUUCUUAUCAGUCAUCAAGAUGGUGAUAGCGGGCAAACCAAACAAAGGGGAAAGCUUGAUCCUUCUUCAUUGACAAUUCUGGAUGCUGAAAAUGGAGGGGAUGCAGCUGUUUCUGUUGGGCUGAAAGCUCGUGCGGUUGGCCCAAUUGAAAAGAUAAAAUUUAAGGAGGUACUGAAGCGCAAAGGUGGGCUUCAGGAAUAUCUACAAUGCAGGAACCGCAUUUUGAGCCUUUGGAAGAAAGAUCUCAGUCGCAUUUUACCUCUUUCGGAAUGUGGAAUGCCUGAUACUCCUUCGGUUCAUGGAUCACCCAAUGCUUCUUUAGUCAGGGAUGUUUAUACAUUUCUUGAUCAGUGUGGUUAUAUAAAUUUCGGAAUUGCUUCCAAAAAGGAUAUAUCUGAAAGUGGUCAUGAGCACAACUUGAAAAUAUUAAAAGAAGAAAAGUUUACAGAAAAAUCAGGAGCUUCCGUUGCUGAGUCAGAUGAUGGAGUUUGUUUUAUUAUGGGCCAGUCUAAGAGUUCUGAGAUUGUUGCUAUGCAGAAUGAUAUUUUGUCUAACAAUGAAAAAUGUGCAGCAAAAUAUCAUAAAGAUAGGCAGCUUGUUGAUACUCCAGCCUCAGAAUUAUUGACAUCUACAGAGCAUGCAUACUGUCCUCCUGAUGGCCACCAGAGAGAUGGUUGUUGUGAUACAUUGGCCAAUUCUGAUAAUAUUAUGUCAGAGACAUCUGGCAAAGAUGAGAAUGAAAAGUUGCAGCAUGUCUUAGAUCCAAAUUCACUUUCUCCAAAUGAUGCCAAGGCUGGUGGGAUAACUUUUGUGCAACCUGAGGUUUCUAAAGGUCCGUUUACUUCUCAACCAUACAGUAGGGAUUAUCACAAUCAAACUCAUAGUGAUUCAGAAGUAAAGAAAAUAAUCAUAGUAGGAGCUGGUCCUGCUGGCUUAACCGCAGCAAGUCACUUGCAGCGUCAAGGUUAUCAUGUAACUUUGCUUGAGGCAAGGAGUAGAAUUGGGGGGCGUGUUUUUACAGACCGUUCCUCUCUCUCUGUCCCAGUGGAUCUUGGUGCUAGCAUUAUUACCGGUAUUGAGGCAGAUGUGGCGACUGAAAGAAGACCAGAUCCUUCUUCCCUUAUUUGUGCCCAAUUAGGCCUUGAGUUGACAGUUCUUAACAGUGACUGUCCUCUCUAUGAUAUUGUAACUGGUGAGAAAGUUCCUGCGAAUCUGGAUGAAGCACUUGAAGCAGAAUACAAUAGCUUACUGGAUGACAUGCUGUUGCUAGUUGCUCAGAAGGGGGAACAUGCAUCAAAAAUGUCUCUUGAGGAUGGCUUAGAAUAUGCCCUCGAAAGACGUCGCAUGGCUCUUUCUGGAAUAAAUUAUGUGGGUAACAAACAGAAAUCAUUGAAUACUGUAAUGGAUUCUGAGAUGCUUUCUGCCUCUGAUGAAGUAUGUGACAAUCAUUGUCUUAAAGCAGACAUCCUGAGUCCUCUUGAGAGAAGGGUAAUGGAUUGGCACUUUGCAAACUUGGAGUAUGGAUGCGCAGCAUUGCUCAAGGAAGUUUCUCUUCCUCAUUGGAAUCAAGAUGAUGUAUAUGGAGGUUUUGGAGGAGCACACUGCAUGAUUAAAGGGGGUUACAGUGCUGUUGUUGAAUCACUUGGAGAAGGCCUAAGGAUACACUUUAAUCAUGCUGUAACUGAUAUUAUGUAUAACACUGAGAGUAGUAUAACCAGCGAUGGAUUAACUAACAAGGUCAAAGUUUCCACAUCCAAUGGAAAAGAGUUCUCAGGGGAUGCCGUUCUGAUUACAGUACCGCUUGGGUGUCUUAAGGCAGGAGCCAUUAACUUUACACCCCCCUUGCCCCAUUGGAAAUCUUUGUCAAUUCAGCGGCUUGGUUUUGGGGUUCUUAAUAAAGUUGUUUUGGAGUUUCCUGAGGUUUUUUGGGAUGACUCAGUUGAUUACUUUGGUGCAACUGCUGAAGAAACAGAUCGUAGAGGGCAAUGCUUUAUGUUCUGGAAUGUUAGAAAAACCGUUGGUGCACCUGUCCUUAUAGCCUUGGUGGUUGGAAAAGCAGCUUUAGAUGGUCAACAUAUUGGUUCAUCUGAUCAUGUAAACCAUGCCCUAUCGGUGCUUCGCAAACUUUUUGGUGAGAGCAGGGUACCCAAUCCAGUUGCAUCUGUGGUGACUGACUGGGGAAGGGACCCUUACAGCUAUGGAGCUUACUCUUACGUUGCUGUGGGGUCAUCUGGAGAAGAUUAUGACAUAUUAGGGAGGCCUGUUGGGAACUGCCUUUUUUUUGCUGGUGAAGCUACCUGCAAGGAGCAUCCUGAUACUGUUGGUGGCGCAAUGAUGAGUGGGCUUCGGGAGGCUGUGCGGAUAAUUAAUAUAUUCAAUACAGGUACUGAUUUCACUGCAGAAGUGGAGGCCGCAGAGGAUGCAAACAGACACUUGGAUGUUGAAGAGAGUGAAGUAAGGGACAUCAUAAGGAGACUUGAGGCCGUAGAGCUCUCAAAUGUAUGCAAGAAAUCUUUAGAUGGCACCCAGAUUUUGACCAGGGAUUUACUGUGGGACAUGUUUUGUAAUGCUAAAACAACCCCUGGAAGAUUACAUUUGCUCAAGGCAUUGUUGAAUCUUCCUGUGGAAGUUUUAAAAUCAUUUGCUGGAACUAAAGAAGGUCUCAGUACACUUAAUUCUUGGAUAUUGGAUUCUAUGGGAAAGGAUGGGACUCAACUCUUGCGCCAUUGUGUUCGUCUGCUUGUACUUGUUUCAACUGAUUUAGUUGCAGUGCGUUUAUCAGGUAUUGGAAAAACUGUAAAAGAAAAAGUGUGUGUGCAUACAAGCCGUGAUAUACGAGCCAUAGCAAGCCAGCUUGUUAGUGUGUGGAUAGAAAUUUUCCGCAAGGAGAAGGCGUCUAAUGGUCUGAAACAAUUGAGGCAAUCAACUGUUGCCAUCCCACCAAAGAGCAAAUCUAGUAUUGCAUCUGGAAAACCUCCUCUACGUACAACUGCAGUGGCACCAGAAAAUAAAAGAAGCCUGAGAGUUCCAACUUCUGCUGGAAGCCAAUUACCUAUGAAUGCAAACAAUAAAAAAAUGAACAUCAAACCAGCAAAGUCAGAAAUUGCCGCUGACUCAAAAUCAGAUGUUAAACCACCAAUUUCUCAAGGUUCAGUGGGAAGGCAAAAUGCCACAAUUGAUGGAGGCCAAAAUUUCCCUUUGACAGAAGAGGAGAAGAAUGCUAUUGCAGCUGCAGAAGCAGCUCGUGCCGCUGCUCGUGCUGCUGCUGAGGCCUAUGCUUCUUCUGGUGCCAAGUAUAAUACAACAUUGCUGCUUCCGAAGAUACCCUCUUUUCACAAAUUUGCUAGACGGGAACAAUAUCCACUAAUGGAUGAGUCUGAUAUUAGAAGGAAUUGGUCUGGUGGUGCAAUAGGAAAGCAGGAUUGCUUAUCAGAAAUAGAUUCCAGGAACUGCAGAGUACAGAACUGGUCUGUUGAUUUCUCUGCUGCUGGCGUUAACCUUGAUGGUUCCAGAAUUCCUGUUGAUAAUCGUUCACAGCACAGCCAUUCAAAUGAGAAUGCAUGUCAGUUCAACUUCAGAGAACACUCAGGAGAAAGUGCUCCUGUGGACAGCAGCAUAUUAACUAGAGCAUGGGUUGAUAGUUCAGAUAGUCUAGGAAAGGAUUACAAUGCCAUUGAGAUGUGGCAAUGUCAAGCAGCAGCUGCUAAUUCAGAUUUCUAUGACCAGGUAAUGCAUGUAAUGGACGAGGAGGAUUCAAACAUGAGUUUGAAAUUACCUUUGAGAAGGCAUGAUAUGCCUGCUAAUGAGAGCUCUGCUUCACAAGUUACAGUAACUAAGGCAACACACAAUCAACCUAGAGGAGCCGAAAAAAUUAAACAGGCUAUUGUGGAUUAUGUUGCAUCUUUACUGAUGCCUCUUUAUAAAGCUAGAAAGAUUGAUAGAGAAGGUUAUAAGUCAAUAAUGAAGAAAACUGCCACCAAGGUCAUGGAACAGGCCACAGAUGCCGAAAAGGCAAUGGCAGUGCACGCGUUUCUAGAUUUUAAGCGUAAAAACAAGAUUCGUGCCUUUGUGGACAUGUUGAUUGAGAGGAAUAUGUCCACGAACCCAGGUGCAAAAUCACGACCAAGCUGAAGGAUGAUUUUAUCUAGUUUUGGUGCUCAUGCAAGUUCAUUGGAUGAAGAAAGAUCUUCUAUGCCAUGUGCAAGAAGUUUUUGCCAUAAAAGAUUGCAACGUGCAAAAAGAUGGGUUUCUUGAAACCUGCCAAUUUUUGUUUGUAAUCAGUAGCCCUGAUAAUUUGUCUCCUUAUAUGCACGCCUGAGAUAUUGCAAUCAUUAUAGGUGCAUUGUGACAAGAAACAACUCUUUUGAGGUGGCAAAGGCCCCUGUCCAUCAUCCAUCGAAUAUACUUUAUCAUUCCCAUUGCCCUGAUAGGCAUCUGUUGAGAUGGUGAUUAUCUCCAAUUAAACUUAGAAUUUGUUAGUUGGAGUGGUGAACCUAAAGAUUGUAUCCUUUAGCUUUAGGACAAAAUGUGAAGACCCCUUAAAUUUUCAUUUUGAGGGUUCGCAAUAGAUUAAACCUGACUUUUUUCUGACUUUUCCUUUAGUUUUGGGAUUUGUACAGCUUAGGACCAUUAUCAUGACUUCAAAUAUACAGCAGAUUAUUCUUAUCCUC